CUAUGUGAUGAUCAUGUAUUUCAUGUGCACAACGAUUCUGGAGGAAUUAUUGAAGAAACUGUAAUUGCCUCUGGCCAAGCUCCAGGAUAUGAUGAACUAUCUGAUGUAUGGGAUCCUGAUUUUUCUGAUGAGAAGAGCCUUUAUCCAAUUUCCAGAAGAAAUAGAAAACCUCCUACCUACUACAUUAAAGAUCUAAUUAAUAUUAGAUUAAAACAAAUUGAACACUUACUAAAACUUAGGAUUAAUCAAUCUAGAUUAAAAAAAGUUCUAUUUAUCUUAGAUGAUAUGCAGCAUUUUUUAUAUUCUAAUCUACCUCUUCCUCUUCAAAACUUAAAUAGAGACUUUUACAAACUCUAUGAGGCUAAAACUAAAAAAUCUCAAGAUAGACUUCUUAAACAA